AUGGAGGAAAGUGUAUAUAAACCACUUGGCAGCGAUCGCCAGUACAUUGAAUACCCACCGAAGGAGACUGAUGAAGAGAGUGACGAUGGGCUUGGGGAAAGAACCUUCCGUAACCUCCACUAUGAACAACUGAGAGCAAAUCCUCGUCAGCCUCCGCGUUUAGAUCCUUUUCCUUCUUCACGCUCUACGGCUUUUCCGUCACGUUCCGCAGGCUUUGACAUUAUCGUGCAGGGCGUUUUGGAGGGCGCCGAGUGCCACGAGGCCGACGUUCUUUUUGCGCGGACGUAUUGGGUGUACGGACCCGACUGGACAACACAUAAUUCACUUAGCGGAGGAGACACAAGACUUGGAGAAGUGCCGUUAGUUCGGUCAUUGGGUCAACAGUGUCAAAGUGAGGUGGUGACGCAACUGUCCGUAGUGUCGGCUGAUCCAUUUUCGCGCUUCACGUGGAGCGCACCCUUUGAGUGUUCGUUGCAGAGUACAAACCCACACGGUUGGCCACAAUUGGUAGUAACGUUGCAUACCGUUAAGGGUGCCAUACCCCAAAGAAGCAAGGCAUCCGAAGACCAGACUAGUGGUAGCAGAAGUGGUGAGCAAUGCGUGUCGUAUAGUCGCUGUUUUAUACCUAUGCAAAAUGGAAUGCACAGGAAGAGGCUUCCGUUGCUACAGCUCAGGCCCAGCACGACUAAACAGUCCUUUAUAUCGUGGCUAACUGGCCAACGGCCAGAGCUUCGAGAUCCCAUGUUUCUGUGCACUGGGGAGGAUCGUUGCGUGUUGACUGCUGCGCCCUUAACUGGCCACGUGUCAUUAACUCUCUCCGUGACUAUUAGUGGACUCAGAGAGUGUGGGAUAGGAACAUGA